CGCGAAUAUUCAUUCGGCUCUCAAUGCUCUCAAAAUCAACUGGCGGCGUUAGAUUGGCCUCUUGGCUAAAUUCCUCAGCAGCAGACUUGUACCCCUCAAUAACGAGGUAAUCCAUGAUGAGGCGGUUAAGGUCCCUGCCAAGCGACACCGUCAAUUCACUAUUAACAAAGGAUCAGAGCAUAUGAAGAUUCAGAUAAUAAAUGAUUUUUUUUGUGCUCAUCAAAGAAUUCAGAGAGAUUCCCAUUGGUUUUAUCAUCACAGAAAGGCAUGGGGAAUAGAGGACUCACGUUUUGGAUACCUGAACCUCGUGCAUACGGCGGUCCCAUUCUUCAUCGCGUAUUCGUAGCUUCGAUAUGGAUGUAGGUGCAGACUGCUGGAUCAAGUCAACGCUGGUCACAAAUGUGCCCACGGACUCACCAUGAAGAAAACGACCAUGCGCGCUUCCGUAGUGCAAACUUGCAGUCAGGCGUACAAUUUGGACGCUACACUUCAGAAAUUGGAAGAACUUACUCGUUUGGCAAAGGAUCGCGAUGGCUCGCAGCUUGCCGUAUUUCCUGAGGCCUUGGCAGCCCAAGGACGAGACGAGUUUUUACGUUACCAUUCUGCUGCUAUCGAAGUCCCUUCUUCUGCGAUCUCUCGGAUAGAAGCUAUCAGCAAAGAAACAGGUGUAUUCCUUGUUGUCGACGUAAUCGAACGAGACGGUGGAACGCUGUAUUGCACUGCUGUUUUCAUAGACCCAGAACAGGGUUAUAUCGCCAAGCACCGCAAACUUGCGCCCACUGCAUCUGAACGAUUGAUUUGGGGACAGGGAAAUGGAUCUACCCUUUCCGUAGUUGAAAAAGAUUUCGGAUCUUUAGGCGGAGCUGUGGUUCCAACCAAGAUCUCGGCGGCAAUAUGCUGGGAGAAUUACAUGCCUUUACUGCGUUAUUUUUACUACUCAAAAGGAGUCCAGAUCUAUUGCGCACCAACUGUGGAUGGCCGACCUGUGUGGCAGAAUUCCAUGAUUCACAUUGCCCUUGAGGGGCGUUGUUUCGUCCUUGCAGCCUGUCAAUAUGCAGAAGAGAAGGAUUACCCUGUUGAUCACGCGGUUGCAGACGUUUCAGCACGUAACCCUCAGAAUGUUAUGAUUGCCGGAGGGAGCGUCAUUGUCAACCCUUUGGGUGAGGUGUUAGUUGGCCCAUUACUGAAAGGGGAGGGCGUCUUGACUGCCACUUUGGACUUGGAUGAUUGUGUUCGUGGAAAAUUUGACUUGGACGUUGUUGGCCAUUACGCUCGUCCCGAUGGUAAAUUUUUGAAAUAUAUGUGA